CGUAUUCCGCGCGGACACGCUCGCUUUUUCCCCGCGCACAGCCGGCGUUUCGGGUUCGCGUGCGCGCCUUUCCGCGUGUUUCCCCACGCACACUCGUAAUCUGGAUAGACGUGUGGGUCGAUUGGUACACGGAGCUGGUUUAACUGUGAGCGUGGAUUAUUUUCGCAUAUGCCGUGGCGCACGCAAUCUUAGAAGUGGUUCUCGCGUUGACAGGUUCCGAGCAAGUUUUCGCCGGCUUCCAGCGUCGAUCGGCAGUGCUUUCGUAUCGAACUGUUGUUCGAACAGUGGAAUUGACGAUCGAACGGAAUCUUCGCGGAGGAUCUAUGCUCCUCAGACGGUUGAAUCAAUAAUCCAGCACGGCGGGUGCAACGAUCUACGAUGCUUGGAUAGCGAAAUCGAGGAUUUAUGGUGCUUAGACAGCGGGAACGACGGUCUAACCUAUCUUAGAAACGAUCUAUGGUGUUUCGACUCGACAAUUCUAUCUUGAUCCUUCGAAGAAACAAAUCAAUCACGGAUCCUUAAACAGACGCUAGGGAAUUUGGAACGCGAAGGAAUUCUUAUGCAACGCGUCGUCGUACAGACGAGUAAUCGUGUAAAAGGUGUAACCGAAAGGAAAACGCGAGUACUAAUCGCGGAGAAUUAUGAAUGAUCUCGGUAACGAGGAUAUUCACGCGGUGCAGGGUGCUCGGCUGCUGGAAAUAGCGUGCAAUCCGUGCACGGAAACGCCGACAACUGGACAAAUAUACAUGUUAGCCGCGUUGUUCGUCGCAACGUUCUACUCUAUAGUUCAGUCGUGACGAACGGAGAACUCGGAUCUCUUCUAUGAAAUAAAGAAGUUGCGAAGAUCGCGAAUAGUAUACAAGAACAAGAAUAAUUUCGAAACACGCGAUCGUUUCCGAUCUUUCGCCAAGUCCACGGUGACAAAAUCCAAAGUACACGCGAAACAAAGUAUACCUAUCCGUGCGUAAUUAUUUUCAACGAGAUUCCGAUCGCUCGGACGGUUGCUAGAGGAUAUUCGUGGUCAUCGUGCGCGGGCAUCGCGGAAAAGUGAUAACGAUGACGAACCUGGACGAGAAUAAACGAUAGAAUGCGUGCUCGUAGUAGACGAGAAAUCGUACGGGCUACGCGCGUACCUGACCGUUGAACAUCGAGGAUAGUCGUGUGAAUUUUCAAACUAUAACUCUCCAUUGGAAACGAACCGUUCCCCUCGAGACUGUUCGCAAUUCCGGCGACAUUUUGCGAUUCUCUACGAUGACGGAAGUUAUUCCGACCGCAACGGAGGAAUGUAAAAGGAUAGACGAUAAAGUUAAUCAGUGAUGCUCGUAGGAAAUCGUAAAUACGAUUGACGUCAUCAAACAAAGCUUCGAGUUAUCGUCGCUUUUUAUAUUCAACGAUUCGAUUGUUUCUUUCAAAAUAGUCUUAAAAAAAUUUAUGAAAUCUCCAUAUAUCGUGCUCUGGAAUUGUUACCAUGGAUUAGAGGUACAGAGUGUAAAGUGAAGCGGUAUUAUUUUCCAAGAUUUUGUUUAAUUGAUGAAUUCUUUCGUUUCGAUUCGUCGAUGAAAUCGAUGGGAAAUUGGUGAGACGAAAGAGACACGGAAAUCGAAAUCGUGCAACGAAAUGCUUAUGAUCGACAAAGGUUCUUUCACGAAAGGAACCAACGAGGAAUUGGACGAGCAUAGAACCACCAACGUUAACAGUAUAGUGCCAUUGAACGAGCUACUCGUUAAUUCAACCGUUCCCGCGGCCACGGUUGCUGUAAAAGUGUGCGAUGAUUCCGCGGACGAAACCGGAAGAUGCCAGGAGAAACAGAAACGGGGCAUUCUCAGCAACUUCCAGAGAAGAACCUUCAGUAGGAUCAGUUUCAAAGGGGAGACUGGUCCUUUAUUGAGCAGAAUCCCCAGAGAGGCAGAAGGAAAAAACAGUGGCAGUCCAUUUCUUGAGGAUCCAUCCAGAAAAUUGGCAAAAAGACAUGUUCGAGGCGCUUCGUGCAGAUAUCGCCAGACGAGGUUCAGUUCUCGAAGGAUACGAAAGAGGGUGGUUUUCAAGCACGGCGAUUGCAAUGUCGUACAAGGAAAUGUGGCGAAACGACGACGACGUUACCUUCAGGACAUUUUCACGACACUGGUGGACGCGCAAUGGAGAUGGACACUGUUGGUGUUCUCCAUGAAUUUUCUACUGUCCUGGCUUGGUUUCGCUCUGAUAUGGUGGCUGAUCGCUUACAGCCACGGCGAUCUAGAUCCAGAUAAUUAUACGAAUCCGAAUCUAACGUUCACACCGUGUAUCGUCGACAUUCGUGGAUUCACCAGCUCGUUCCUAUUCUCGAUCGAGACACAGCACACGAUCGGGUACGGAUCGAAGCAUCCAACGGACGAGUGUCCAGAGGCGGUGUUCGUCAUAUGCAUCCAAUCGAUGACCGGUGUGAUUCUCCAGGCCUUUAUGGUCGGUAUAGUGUUCGCGAAAUUGUCCCGACCGAAGAAGAGGACGCAGACGUUACUAUUUUCGAGAAAUGCCGUGAUAUGUCAGAGGGACGGUCAACCGUGUCUGAUGUUUCGCGUCGGUGACAUGAGAAAAAGUCACAUCAUCGAGGCUCAUGUCAGAGCUCAGAUGAUCAAAAGGAAGGUGACCAGGGAAGGAGAAUUGUUGCCGUUUUUCCAGACGGAAUUGAAAGUGGGCGGAGAUGGCGAGGAGGAUAAGAUAUUUUUUAUUUGGCCAACCACCAUUGUACACAAGAUCGACGAACAGUCACCGCUUUAUCACAUAUCAGCCAGUGAUAUGCUGCGAGAGCGAUUCGAGAUCGUGGUUAUAUUGGAAGGUGUGAUCGAGUCGACAGGUAUGACUACUCAGGCAAGAAGCUCCUACCUACCGUCCGAAAUUCUAUGGGGUCACAGAUUCGAACACAUAAUUACUUUUAAAAAGGAGACCGGAGAGUACGAAGUGAAUUACACUUUGUUUAAUAACACGUACGAAGUUGAUACACCGUUGUGUUCAGCGGCUGAUCUGGAUAAGAUCAGAGCUAUACAACGUGCGAAAGGAGAACGUAUGAGCACCAGUGGAUUCGCUCAUUAUCGCGACGCGUCCAGCAGUUCUUUGACCACCGGAUCCGGUUCCAGCUUGGCAUCGUCAACCGGCGGGCUACACAUGAACAUCCCUAUGGCGCCAUUGACUCCGAUCCCGGUCAUGAUCACCGGUCCUGACGGUUCUCUGAGACGCGAGAGUAUGCAAAGCGGUCAAACCGAGGCGAAACAGCCGGUAUUUUAUACCCAGAACGAGUUCCUGGACAACGAGUCCCAUCCAAUCGGCUACAUUCCGGAGGACUCCACGGGUCAGGAAGAUUACAACCGAGUACUGGAGGACAUUAACGCGACGUUGAGGAAAAAUCGCGUACACGGCAAGGAAGAGAAACGACUGCACAGGGAACCAUCGAGGUGUACGUUAGAUUCAAGGAAAAGCGAAUCUAGAUCUAACGUGGAUAUUAUAAGAAGAUCCAGUUCGAGGACGACUAUAGAUCAAAUUCCAGGGCUUAAUAAUCCUCUUCCCCCAAAAUCACCCUCUCGACAGCAUUUAGACCCCAGGCACACAAAGUUCGCUGAAUCAGGAGAAGCGUACCGCGAGCCUCCGCCUCAUCCUCACCCUUCCUCAAGGAGAUCGAGUUUAGGCGAGAAUCAGAAAUCGAAGGAGAUGCACAAGAAGACUACUUUCAUCGUCGGCGACGACGAGCACGUUAUAAACGUGGAACCGACGAUCGCGAAGGGAUACCUGCCUCGACACGAAGCGUUGGACUCCGAUUCAUCGAAGACGAAUCAUCAUCCCCGGCACAGAGGCCCUCAGGAACAAGUUUAGGGACGAGGAAUGGUGGGAUUCCAGGAACGGAAGGACGGUGCGAAUGCCGUAGGAAAGUGAGAGGGAAACGAAGGAACGAUGGCAGCAGAAAACAGAACUUUGCUCUUCGUGGCCGACAGCCGUGAGUCAUCGUCGCGUGGUCACUUCCAGCGACUUCAU